AUGCUCGUCGUGGUCGUUCCUGGAUUCCCCGUUGAUAUGCUCGUCGUGGUCGUCCCUGGAUUCCCCGUUGAGUUGCUCGUCGUGGUCGUUCCUGGAUUCCCCGUUGAGUUGCUCGUCGUGGUCGUUCCAGGACUCCCCGUUGAAGUUGUUGAGGUUAUGGUUCCAGGAGUUUCCGUUGAUAUGCUCGUCGUGGUCGUUCCUGGAUUCCCCGUUGAGAUGCUCGUCGUGGUCGUCCCUGGAUUCCCCGUUGAGUUGCUCGUCGUGGUCGUUCCAGGACUCCCCGUUGAAGUUGUUGAGGUUAUGGUUCCAGGAGUUUCCGUUGAUAUGCUCGUCGGCGUUCCUGUCGUGGUCGUCCCUGGAUUCCCCGUUGAGUUGCUCGUCGUGGUCGCUCCAGGAGUUUCAGUUGAUGUGGUCGUCGUGGUCGUUCCUGGAUUCCCCGUUGAGAUGCUCGUCGUGGUCGUCCCUGGAUUCCCCGUUGAGUUGCUCGUCGUGGUCGUUCCAGGGCUCCCCGUUGAAGUCGUUGAGGUUAUGGCUCCAGGAGUUUCCGUUGAUAUGCUCGUCGUGGUCGUUCCUGGAUUCCCCGUUGAUAUGCUCGUCGUGGUCGUCCCUGGAUUCCCCGUUGAGUUGCUCGUCGUGGUCGCUCCAGGAGUUUCAGUUGAUGUGGUUGUCGUGGUCGUUUCUGGAUUCGCCGUCGAGAUGCUCGUCGUGGUCGCUCCAGGAGUUUCAGUUGAUGUGGUCGUGGUGGUUGUUUCUGGAUUCCCCGUUGAAGUCGUUGAGGUUAUGGUUCCAGGAGUUUCCGUUGAGAUGCUCGUCGUGGUCGUCCCUGGAUUCCCCGUUGAGAUGAUCGUCGUGGUCGUCCCUGGAUUCCCCGUUGAGAUGCUCGUCGUGGUCGUUUCUGGAUUCCCCGUUGAGUUGCUCGUCGUGGUCGCUCCAGGAGUUUCAGUUGAUGUGGUCGCGGUGGUUGUUUCUGGAUUCCUCGUUGAAGUCGUUGAGGUUAUGGUUCCAGGAGUUUCCGUUGAUAUGCUCGUCGUGGUCGUUUCUGGAUUCCCCGUUGAGAUGCUCGUCGUGGUCGUCCCUGGAUUCCCCGUUGAGUUGCUCGUCGUGGUCGCUCCAGGAGUUUCAGUUGAUGUGGUCGUGGUGGUCGUCCCUGCAUUCCCCGUUGAGAUGCUCGUCAUGGUCGUUCCAGGACUCCCCGUUGAAGUCGUUGAGGUUAUAGUUCCAUGA